AUGUCUCCAUUCGGCGCUCCCCCCAAGGCGGCAUCUCUCCUCGACUUCCACCGCGUACUCUCGCCAACAGCCGGCGUGCGCGUCUCCCCGCUAUGCCUCGGCGCCAUGAACUUUGGUGAUGCGUGGGAGGAGUCGAUGGGCAAGUGCGACAAGAAGACGACGUUUGAGAUCCUGGACUACUUUCACAAGAUGGGUGGAAACUUCAUCGAUACGGCCAACAACUACCAAAACGAGGAGUCCGAGACCUGGAUCGGUGAAUGGAUGAAAGAACGCGGUGUCCGUGACGAGAUCGUGCUUGCUACAAAGUUCACAACUUGCUACCCCAACCCGAACAACUCACCUCGUCAACGCAUCAACUACGCAGGAAACAGCACAAAGUCGCUCCGCAUGUCGCUCGAGGCGUCGCUCAAGAAGCUCCAGACCGACUACAUUGACCUGUUGUAUGUCCACUGGUGGGACUUUACCACGUCCAUUCCAGAGCUCAUGCAGAGUCUCGACGCCGUGGUCAAGGCUGGCAAAGUACUCUACCUUGGUAUCAGCGACACACCAGCCUGGGUAGUCAGCAAGGCAAACCAAUACGCCCGCGACCACGGCCUCCGCCCCUUCUCCGUCUACCAAGGACGCUGGUCAGCCGCGGAACGUGAUUUUGAGCGAGAAAUCCUACCCAUGGCGCGAUCAGAAGAAAUGGCCCUCUGCCCCUGGGGCAGUCUCGGCGGCGGCAACUUCACCACCGAAGCCAAGCGGGCGGCCAACGAGCGCGGCCGCAACUUUGGCCCCGCCUCGCAAAAACACAUUGCCGUGUCCAAGGUGCUCGAGAGCCUGGCCAAGUCCAAAGCCACGCAAAUCACCAGUGUCGCACUCGCCUACGUUCGCCACAAGUAUCCCCAUGUCUACCCGAUUGUGGGCGGGCGCAAGAUUGAACACCUCCAGGGUAACAUUGAGGCCCUCGCGUUGACGCUAACGGAUGAGGACAUUGAGGAAAUCGAGGCCGCGGUCCCGUUUGAGAUUGGCUUUCCCAUGAACUUUUUGUUCGAGUUUGGCGGGGCCCGGUAUCGUAGCGACAUGACGAGUUCGGAUGUGGGCCUGUUGAGGCUUGCGGGCUCGUUGGAUAGUGUGCCGCAUGCGCAGGGUCCGAGACCGCAUGGGUUGCAUGGGUUUGGGGGGAAUUAA